AUGUCGCAAUGGCUACAGAUGCUCGGCCAUGCGACUGAACGUAUCAAUGCCUUGAACAUCGUCCAUAUUGCCGGAACCAAAGGCAAGGGCAGCACCUGUGCCUUCACGGAGUCAUUCCUAAGAGCCCACGGCAGAAGAACUGGCUUCCCUAGUAGAACAGGUCUCUACACAUCUCCUCAUCUUAUUGAGCCUGAGGAGAGAAUCCGGGUCAAUGCUCAGCCUCUGGACCGUGACCUCUUCGCGAAGUACUUCUUUGAGGUGUACGACAGGCUGCCUCAACUAUCAGACGCGACGUCCGACGAGAAGACAACAGUGGUCGAGCGAGGUCCACGGUUCCUCCAGCUCUACGCACUUCUUGCCUUUCACGUCUUCAUCAGUGAGAACGUCGACGUGGCGGUUGUGGAAACACACAGCGGUGGCGAGUACGACGCAACGAACGUGAUCGAACAACCUAUCGUCACAGCCAUCACGAUUUUAGGAUUGGACCACGUCGAUAUGCUCGGCCCGACUAUCGAGAACAUCGCAUGGCACAAAGCUGGCAUUUUUAAACCUGGUGCUGUGGCACUGUCGACUAUGCAGGACGUUGCGCCUGCAAAGGUGCUUGAGCGGCGAUCCGCAGACAAGGGAGAGCACGUUCAGUUCAUUGGCGAAGACUCUCGACUUCCGAAAGGCGCCUUGCCGUUGAAACCCAGUGUUCAGAAGGAAAAUGCUUCCCUCGCUGUUGCUGCCACUGAAGCAUGGCUGGCUGCAAGGAGUCCGGUAGAGAGGCAGACGUUGACUCAGGAAGAUAUAGACCUUGGAGUGCAGCAAUGGUGCUGGCCUGGCCGCUUCCAGAUCGUCCAAGCAGAGAAUGUGGCCUGGUUCCUGGACGCUGCUCACAACGAAAUGAGCGUCCAGAUAGCUGCGCAGUGGUUCGUCGAAGCCGGCAAAGAGCUCGAUGCCAGCACUUCAGCAGAUCAGGUCCUGGUCUUCAGCCACAUCUCUGAAUCCAGAGAUGCGGUGGGCCUACUUCAGGCACUGGCAAUUGCGCUGGAAGGCAAUGGAGCGCAGAUCUCACACGUCGUCUUCACGACGUACGACGAAUCGGAGCAGAAGAAAGGUUACAAGCCUCCGAAUGAUUGUGGUGCCUUCCACGAGGUCUGGAGGCAGGUGUUUCCCGAGACAAUUAUCUGGGACCGGCCUACAGUCCAAGGGGCACGUGACCUGGUGGAAAGUCUUGCAGCAGAACAGCAGAGUGCCCUCAGAGGUCUGCAGACGCUUGUGACAGGAAGCCAGCACCUUGUGGGGCCAAUGUUGAAGUGUCUUCAGAAUAGAGGACCGACGUCCAAAACAGUGUAG